UCAUUUGUCAUUCGAAUUUUGGUGAAAACAUUUAAGGGCGUUGUUUUGUUAGUUUUAUUUAAUUGUUAAUUAAUUUCGAGUUUUUGUUUAUUAUUUGACAAUUUAAUUAAUAAAAAAUAUAUUUAAACAUAUCCGUCAAACAAAAUGAAAACUUUCGCAAUAUUUAAACUCCUAAUUUUAUCAAUUACCAUUCAGCAAACCUUUGCUAUUUGGUGCUAUCGUUGCACUUCAGCCACACCUGGAUGCGGAGACAAUUUCAACUGGCGUGGUAUUGGGUAUUGGGGAGAACAUUGUCCCGAAGACGAGGACAUAUGCGUUAAAGUAACCGAAAGACGAGGAGCUAAAGAGACAAUUAUAAGAGAAUGCUUGAGUGCCCUCAACUUCAGAACAGACAUUCCCGCAGACAAAUACGAAGGUUGCCGUAAAGCAGCAGUCGAUGGGCGAUUGGCUCACUACGUGAAUCACACAGUCAAGGAACACGACGUGCGUAGGGAUUAUUUCACAGAUGUCGAAUACUGCUUUUGCUUCCUCGACCAUCGAUGCAAUGGAGCUUCAACUAUGACCACAAAUAUCGCAGUUUUGGCGAUUGCAUUAGUUGGCUACCUUGCAGUUGCCCUAAGUUAAGAUCGAAUCGAAUUAUUUUUUAAGUCAAAGAAACACAUUCCGUCCAAAAGUUUGUACAAAAAUCCGAUUUGUAUAGUUUUUAUUUUACAACUAAAACCGUGCCUUUUUGUAAAGUUUUUAACAAUCUUUUUUAUAGAAACAAUUUAAAUAAAUUACAAAACCAUUUCUUUUUUAAUAUAAA